GUCGCCCAAGAAUUUUUAAUUUUUUGAACUCGACUCAUUAAAAUUCGACCGUGAAGCUACAAUAUUCCGAGGGAGGUCAAUUGCAAUUUACAUUCUUUUUUCUCUUUCCUUCGUGGUUGGGCAUAAUUGUUGGAAGGCUCCUCCUUCUCAAUUGACUUCAUUUUUUUCAAUUGCGGGAGAGAGAAAGAGAGAGAGCGUCUGUUGGUUGUCGACUAACAAACAGCUCCAGACCCCUUCGCCCAAAGCUCACCAUGGCUUUACAUGCUCUUCUUCGAGCCAGAGCUCCCACAGCUCUGACUCGGGGAGCUCUCAAGCCGUCGAUGCAACAUGCUCGUCUUCUGAGCACGACAUGCUGUCGCCGUUCCAAUAAUGACUCCGACCUCAACAAAGUUUCCCGCUUCAUCACACAACCCAAAGCGCAGGGUGCAUCGCAAGCUAUGCUGUACGCGACGGGUCUUACCGAAGAGGACAUGAAAAAACCUCAGGUCGGUAUCUCCUCAGUGUGGUACGAGGGCAACCCGUGUAAUAUGCACUUAAUGGACCUGUCAGCUGUGGUCAAAAAGUCCGUUGCACGCGCCGGGCUCAUUCCUUACCGGUUCAACACGAUCGGUGUCUCCGAUGGUAUAUCUAUGGGUACAACCGGUAUGCGAUACUCUCUGCAAAGCAGAGAGAUCAUUGCCGAUAGUAUAGAAACUGUUAUGCAAGGUCAAUGGUACGACGCAAACGUUUCGUUACCCGGAUGUGACAAGAAUAUGCCCGGUGUUCUGAUUGCUAUGGGCCGAGUGAACCGACCCAGCAUUAUGGUCUACGGUGGUACCAUCAAGCCAGGCUGCAGUCAGGCCGGUCAGCCAAUUGACAUUGUCAGCGCUUUCCAGGCGUACGGACAGUACAUUUCGGGCGAUAUCACGGAAGAACAGCGAUUCGACAUUAUUCGACAUGCCUGCCCUGGAAAGGGCGCAUGUGGUGGCAUGUACACGGCGAACACAAUGGCCACCGCUAUUGAGACGUUAGGAAUGACCUUGACAGGCAGCAGUAGCAGUCCUGCUGAUGACCCUAGCAAGAUUAAGGAAUGUGAGCAAAUUGGUGAAGCAAUUAAGAACGCUAUGAAGGAAGACAUACGCCCACGGGAUGUCAUGACGAGAGAAGCUUUCGAGGAGGCUAUGGUUGUAGUCAACAUCCUUGGAGGCAGCACAAACGCCGUCAUGCACUUGAUCGCCAUUGCGGACUCCGUAGGCAUCAAGCUCACCGUCGAUGACUUCCAGGCCGUCUCGGAUAGGACACCCUUCCUUGCCGACUUGAAGCCGUCCGGCAAAUUCGUCAUGGAGGACCUACAUAAGAUCGGCGGUACUCCUUCUCUACUCAAGUUCCUUAUUGGUGAGGGUAUCAUCAAGGGCAACAACAUUACGGUUACUGGUAAGACAUUGAAGCAGAACGUCGAGUCGUGGCCGUCCUUCCCCAAGGACCAACAGAUUAUCCGACCCUUCUCUAACCCUAUCAAGCCCACUGGCCAUAUCCAGAUCCUACGCGGUAAGCUUGCCCCUGGCGGCUCCGUCGGCAAGAUCACGGGUAAGGAAGGUCUUGUUUUCACUGGCAAAGCCAAAUGCUAUGAUCAGGAAGAAGACUUCAUCCAGGCACUUGAACGCGGAGAUUUGAAGAAGGGCGAGAAGACUGUGGUCAUCAUCCGAUACGAGGGACCGAAAGGUGGACCUGGUAUGCCGGAGAUGUUGAAGCCGUCAUCCGCCAUUAUGGGCUAUGGUCUUGGUAACGACGUCGCGCUAUUGACGGACGGCCGAUUCUCUGGUGGCAGCCACGGUUUCUUGAUUGGACACAUUACGCCCGAGGCGCGCGAGGGUGGGCCGAUCGGGUUAGUGAAGGACGGUGACACAAUUACGAUAGACGCGGAGAGACGCGUGAUCGACACCGAUGUUAGCGACGAGGAGAUGGCCGAGAGGAAGAAGGCAUGGAGCCCCCCACCGCCGCGGUACUCCCAGGGCACAUUGACCAAGUAUGCUGCCCUCGUCAGCGAUGCCAGCCACGGCUGCGUCACUACCGGACUCAAAUAAGAUCUUAUCAAGCUUGUACAGGGAAAGAAAGCAAUAGUUGGAGCGGGCGAUGUUCAUAAAAAGCAAAUGGGAUGAUGUCUUGUAUUUAUUUUACUGGACUUGGGCUAUAGUAUAUGGUGAUCUCUGGUUUCUGGUCCGGAAAAUAGGCGCAUCGAACUCCGGCCGCGGUUUGAGAACUUGGCGGUAAUUGUGAUAAAACAAAAAUAGAAAAGAAAUUCGAACAAAAGUUGAAACAUUGCGGGAGCUUAUUUGUGCAUUGGAUGACAUGAACCUAAAGUACGGAUACUUACCUCCUACCAGGUAGGCACCUAAAGUUAAAGAUGCUUAUGAGACUUUGAU